CAAGGAAGUAAAGGGAAUAGGUUCCUUACGGCCCUGUGUCCCCCCCCUCUUGUCAAAAGAAAAAGAGGAAGCCUUCCCAGAAGAGGGCUCAGGCAAAGAGGAUGUGAGUUAGGUCCCCUUCUCCAGCUUCCUCCUCCUCUUCCUCCUCUUCAUCCUCCUCUUCAUCCUCAUCUCUCCAUUCCCUCCCCUCGUCUUCCCAGUCAACCCCAGAACCAAAGGAGAGGCAUGGCAAAGGCCACAAAUGCUCUUCUAAACACAAAGCCAAGGGGGAAAGGAUUACGAAAAGGAGACAUAGUAAGGCAGUGGUGGCUGCUUUAGGGCUACCUUCAGAUUCUCUGGGGCAGUAUUCUUCGGAGGAGGGGGAGCUGUCAGAGGAAGAGCUGGAAGCCCCCCCUUCCAAGGGCAGGCUUUUCCAGGCCAAAUAUUUUCCACCCUUAGUAGCUAACGCUAGGCGGAUCCUGGAACUCCCUGAAGAAAAUGAGAACCUGGAAACACCAACGCCCUCUACUUCAAAAGGUUCCAGAUCUGCUUUUCCGGAGGGUCGACCAUGCAUGGCCAACCUUCCCUUUCUGGAUUCCUUUCAUGUUUUGUGGAAGCAGGAAUGGGCGAAUCCCACAAAACAUAAACCGACACAUAGGCUUGUCGACAAGUACUACUCCUUCCCAGUUAAAGUGGUGGAACAGUUGAGAACUCCAGCUGUGGACCCAUCUGUGACUGCCUUAUCUUCAUCAUCAGUCAUUUCGUCCGAGGGAGAAGGGGGCCCCAGAGGCUCUUGCGACAAGUGUGUGGAAGUGGCACUGAGAAGGGACUUUGAAGCAGAGGCAGCUGCUUUCCGGACUUCAGCAGCUACAUCUGUGAUGGCAAGGGCUUGCAAGCUCUGGGUAGAGGAGCUCGUGUCCAGAGAGGAUGUUCCCAAAGACAUUAAGGACGGGCUGAAGAAAAUCUCUAUAGCAUCAGCCUUUCAAGCAGACGCUUCCAGGGACACCCUGCAGUUCAAUGCUAGAGCAAUGGCAGUCAGCACAGUAUCACAUCGCAACAACUGGCUACGAAGCUGGGAGUUGUUUGGCAAGUUAACCCUUUAGCGGGUCCAGGUUAUUUGGGGAUCCUCUGGAUAAGGUGCUGGUGGAAACAAGAUACAAACAGAAGGCCCUCCCUCAUGCCAAGAAGGACGACCGCAAGUACAGGCAACAACAAUCCUUUCGGAACUUCAGACCUUUUAACAAACGGCGUUCCUCUGGAUGCUACAAGUCACGCUGGGGGAAGUUGGACAAACCCUCAGGAGCAUCCAUCUUGCACGUUCGACACACCACCUCCUACUCUUCCAGAAACAAAUUCCAGAAAGGAACAAAGAAAGACCAGUCCACAUGACGCCAUGUCUCCAGCCCCACAGGGAGCCAUUGGGGGCAGGCUUCUACAGUUUGCACACGUGUGGGCAGAAACAACAACAGACAGAUGGGUCCUCCAAACAGUUUCUUACGGAUACUCCUUGGAGUUCUCCAAACAACCAAGAGAGAGAUUCAUAGCCACACCAAGGUCCAGGAACCCUCACAAACAUCAGAAUUUUGCCGCGGCCGUCAGUCACCUAUUGACGAUACAAGCUAUAGAAUCGGUCCCGAAUCAGGGGCAAGGGAAGGGGGUGUAUUCAAUUUUCUUUCUAUUUUUGAAGAAAAAUGAAAGUACCAGGGCGCUACUCGACCUCAAGUGGCUCAACAAGAGGGUGGCUUACAAGUGCUUCCAGAUGGAAACGCUGAAGUCCAUCUCGGAGGCCAUCAUUCAGAACGACUGGAUGGCAUCUAUAGAACAGUCAGAGGCCUAUCUUCAUAUACCUAUCCACAGGGAGCACAGAACAUUCCUGCGUUUUUGCUACGGUCAGAGCCAUUUUCAGUACAGGGCACUUCCCUUUGGGCUUACCUCCUCCCCCAGGGUUUUCACAAAGGUCCUGGUGGCUCUGGUGGUGCAUCUGAGAACUCUGGGGGUGAGGGUGCACCCUUAUCUAGACGACCUAUUGGUUAGGGCCCUGUCAAGGUUGCAGUGCCAGAAGGAUGUGGAAACCAUUCUGGAGUGCCUUCGGAAGCAUGGAUUCGUGGUCAACUUGGACAAGAGCAUGUUAGUUCCAUCACAGGUGAUUUCGCAUCUGGGGGUGGUGAUAGACUCAAGCAACUUCCGGAUCUGGCUCAACAAAGAGAGGGUCUCCAAGAUUCAGGCUCUAAUGCAGCAAGUGGUUGCGUCAGAGUCAACAGACUUGAUGAUCCUGGCCAAGCUACAAGGCAUGCUGGUAUGCUGUCAGGACUUAGUAAGCUGGUCACGGUUCCACUCCCGCCCAUUGCUCCAACGGUUACUUCUAUUUCAACGCCAGAUCUCCCAGUCGAAACACAUGAUGAUUCCACUUUUGCCAACCCUAUGCCAACAGUUGAGGUGGUGGCUGGACUCCCACAGACUGACACGGGUGAGUCUGCACUCUCCAGUCCGCAAAGUGGUGACGCCAGACGCCAGCAUGGUGGGCUGAGGAGCACACCUGGAAACACAUGUGGCUCAAGGUAUGUGGUCAACCAGCGAAACCAAAUGAAGCAUCAACUGGCUAGAGCUUUGGGCAGUGAGGUUAGCUUUGCUGGUUUUUGCUCCGCACAUCCGGGGAUGUCAUGUUCUUGUUCGGACUGACAGCGUUUCAUUGAAAUAAUAUCUCAGUCAUCAGGGAGGGACCAGGUCGAGGACCCUGAUGGAAGAGGCACAGCACAUCUUCAACUGAGCAGACCUACACUUGCUGUCCCUGCAGGCAGGACACGUAGCGGGACUUCAGAAUGUGAAGGCGGAUUGGCUCAGUCGGACCACGAUCUCUGACCUGGAGUGGCAGUUGCAUUCCAAGGUUUUUCGUCAGGUGACCAAGUGCUUUGGUUGCCCGAUCAUCGACCUCUGCAGACACUCACAAUGCCCAGGUAGUUCGGUUUUUCUCUCGGUAUCAAACCCAAGGGACACAGGGACUACAUGCCUUAGUGGUGAAUUGGCCUGAGGGCCUGCUGUAUGCCUUUUCCCCCCUCAAUCUUUUGCUUCAAACUAUCAGGAGAAUCAGAGUGUUGAGGGCAGAGGUAAUUCUGAUAGCGCCCUUCUGGCCAAGAAGGCCAUGGUUUCCAGAAAUAAUGCAUCUGGUCUUAAGGAAGCCAUGGAUACUGCCUCAAAGGGAGGACCUGUUGAGACAGGGCCCAGUGGUUCAUCCCAGGCCAGAACUCUUUCAACUGACAGCAUGGAGGUAGAGCGGCUCUUGUUGAUGGAGCUGGGUUUGUCAGGGGCUGUGUUGGACAAUUUACUAGCCUCCAGAAAGGCUUCAACUAACAGGACAUACUGUUCUACAUGGAGGGCCUUCCUUCUCUGGUGUCAGAUGAGGGGGAGGUACCUGUCGUCCAGGAACAUUGUAGAUGUCCUGGGGUUUCUUCAGUCGGGUUUGGACAAAGGUCUUAGCACCAACACAAUUAAAGGACAGGCAGCAGCCAUUGGCAGUGUGUUAGGGUGCAGGGGAGAUUUUUCGGUUUCUUCACAUCCACUUUUUAAAUGGUUCAUCAAGGGGGUGGGCCUGCAGAAUCCCCCGGUGGUCCAUCACUUCCCCUCAUGGAAUCUCAACUCGGUCCUUACAGCGCUCAUGAGUCCUCCUUUUGAGCCAUUCGCCACAUGUAGCUUGAAGUUUUCAACUUUGAAGAUUGUGUUCCUGGUGGCAAUUACCUCUGCUCGACGGGUGUCAGAACUCAGGGCUCUCUCUUCUGAUGCUCAGUUGUGUAUUUUUCACACGGAUAGGGUAGUCCUGAGGACAGACCCCACCUUCAUUCCUAAAAUCAACUUUCUCUUUCACAGAGCUCAGGAGGUGGUUUUGCCAUCAUUUUGACCAAAGCUCUUCUUUCCCUAAGGAGAAGGCAUGGUAUACUCUGGAUGUGCGUAGGGCUCUGUGUUUCUACUUGGACAGGACGUCAGAGUUUAGAAAAUCAGAAGCACUGUUUGUAUCUUUUGGAGGGACCUCCCAAGGAGGUAAGGCUUCUCCCUCCUCAAUUUCCCGCUGGCUUAAGGAGGCAAUAGUCCAAGCAUACCAGUCUUUGGGAAAAUCUCCUCCGGGGGGUUUAACAGCCCAUUCUUUAUGGGGGGCUUCUACAUCAGUAGCAUACAAGGGUAGCUUUCCCAUAAGGUGGUUCACACCUUCGCUAGGCACUAUAAAGUGGAUUCAUGGGCCUCUGCCAAUGCGGCCUUCGGGUGAAGAGUCUUACAGAGGGUGGCUAAGAUGUGACCUGCAUUACCGGAAUCCACCCCUGUUUGAGGGCUCUGGUAUGUGCCAAGGCCAAUGACUGGCCUCCAAGAACCUCCAGGGGAAAAUGGAAAUUCUUACCAUGAAUUUCUAUUCUCGGGGGUUCCUGUAGGACAGUCCCCGCCACUUCAUUCUGGGGGUUUUCAGGCUAUGCAGGUCGGGGGUUAGUGGCUUCUGCCAGCGCCCUACAUGUUAGGUGGUAGUUAGUGCCACCCAGGGAUUCCCUGGCACUUUCUACUCCUCUCUUCGGUUUUUGUUUAAGUCGGGAUGUCGUAAGGAUGGACUCCGACAUUCAAGUCAGCUGAUCCGGGGGAACGAAGGGGUGCUCUUGCUUGUCCAGCCGGUCGGGGGAGAGUGGGAUGGCCCCUCCCCCAGGGUGAAGUAAUCUGAAGUGGACCCUGCCUGCUGACCCAGAGGGAGGCGCCAUUCCCAAGGCUAAUGACUGUCUUCCAGGAACCCCCCGGGAAUAGAAAUUAACGAACAUAUACGGAAAGCGGGAUUGGACCAAGAUGAAGGAGGUGUGAAAAUUGGAUGGAGAAAUAUCAAUAAUUUAAGAUAU